ACUGAUUGCAGCCUUCCUGCAGGGGGCCUGCUAACUGGCAAGUACAAGUAUGAGGACAAGGACGGGAGACAGCCUGUGGGCCGCUUCUUUGGGAACAGCUGGGCUGAGACCUACAGGAAUCGCUUCUGGAAGGAGCACCACUUCCAGGCCAUCGCCCUGGUAGAGAAGGCCCUGCAGGCGGCUUACGGACCCAGCACCCCCAGCAUGACCUCGGCAGCCUUGCGGUGGAUGUACCACCACUCCCAGCUCCAGGGUGCCCACGGGGAUGCGGUCAUCCUGGGCAUGUCCAGCCUGGAGCAGCUGGAGCAGAACUUGGCAGCAACUGAGGAGGGAGCCCUGGAGCCUGCUGUCGUGGACGCCUUUGAUCGAGCCUGGCACCUGGUUGCCCACGAAUGCCCCAACUACUUCCGCUAGGCCCCGGCCUGGGUGGAGCUGGCAAGGGGGUUCUCCUCGUCCUCUCCCUCCCUCUGGCCAGUCUUUGCCUUAAGCUGACUCAGCGUGACUCGAACCAUGCUUUAUUUUUCUAGAUUCCUGCCGGGCCCUCUGUUGUCUUCACGCUGUGUAAAGACGAGGCGGAGCUCUGAGCUCCACUUGGGCUUUUCCUGUCUGAAUAAAGCAGUCCUUGGGCCUGGCGAUAGCCCAGGCCUGGAGUGGACCCCA